UUGUUUCAAUAAAGAUCACUUGUGAUAAUCGAUCAACGACUGCAAGACAAUGGAUUAUUUUCAAGUAUUGUGCAGCAUUGCCGCCGUAAUUCUCGCUCUUUAUUAUUUUUUCACAUCAACUUUUGAUUUUUGGAAGUCACGCGGUGUUCCUGGUCCACAACCAAUAGUGGGAUUUGGCAAUUUAAAAGACGUUAUGCUUGGAAAAAUAGCGAUGAGUAAAUUUCUCAUGAAAAUGUACACUGAUUACAAAGAUGAACCAUUGAUUGGAAUAUUCGUUCACAGGACACCUAUUCUUAUCAUAAAAGAUCUAGAUUUAAUUAAAGAUGUUCUUAUCAAAGAUUUCAAUAGUUUCGGUAACAGAGCGUUCACCGUUCACGAAAAGGCCGAGCCAUUGUCGCAAAAUAUUUUCAAUUUGGAUUUGAAGAAAUGGCGACCUUUGAGGGCGAAACUGACGCCUUUUUUCACAACCCGUAAACUGAAAUAUAUGUUCUUUUUAAUAUCGGAGUGCGCCGAUCAUCUUGUGGAUUAUGUAGAACAAUUAGUGAGCAAAAACGAAAUCGUAGAAUGUUAUGCACUAACAAGCAAAUAUACGACCGACGUUAUCGGUAGCUGCGCCUUUGGUAUUGAGAUGAAUUCAAUGACGGAUGAAACCAGCGAAUUUUGCAGAAUAGGAAGAAAUAUAUUCAUUCAACCCUUCACGGAUUAUCUUCGAACCAAAAUUAAACAGAAUAGUCCAUGGCUUUAUGACAUCCUCGGUCAUAUCCUGCCGCAGACGGAGAUCACCAAGUUCUUCAUACGUCUUGUCAUGGAUAAUAUAAAGUACAGGGAUAAAAAUAAUAUCGUUAGGAAUGAUUUCAUCGAUAUACUGCGCGAAUUAAGAGAGCAAUCAGAUAAUGACAUUGAAUUUACUGAUAGUUUCCUAGUUUCUCAAGCAUUCUUAUUUUUUUCCGCUGGUUUUGAAACUUCAUCGACGGCUAUGACUAACGCGUUCUACGAGUUGGCUCUAAAUCAAAAGAUACAAGACAGAUUGCGUGAAGAAAUUAAUCAGAGUUUUGCAAAAUAUGGUAACAAUUUAUCAUAUGAGAAUAUCAAGGAAAUGAUUUAUUUGGACAAAGUAUUUAAAGAAACUUUACGGAAAUAUCCAGCGGGAUUGUUUCUUAAUAAAAUAGCGACAUCCGAUUAUACUUUCAAAGGAACGAAAGUCAGUAUAUUAAAAGGCCAAAAUAUAUGGAUUCCUUUUUAUACGAUUCAACACGAUCCAAAUAUUUAUCCUCAGCCAGAUAUCUUUGAUCCAGAAAGAUUUAAUGAAGAGAUCGUGGAAAAUAGACAUCCGAUGGCUUACUUGCCUUUCAGCGAUGGACCAAGAAAUUGCAUUGGUUUGCGUUUUGCUAUUUAUGAGACUAAACUUGGUCUUAUAAAAAUGUUACGGAACUUUAAAUUUGAACCUUGUGAGAAGACGCAAAUACCUUACAUAACUAAUGAAUCAACGUUUGUAUUAUCACCAAAAGAUGGAAUAUACUUAAAGAUAUCUAAAAUUAAUCAAGCUUAAUUACAGCUUUUGUAGAAGACAUAUAAAAAAUGGUGGAGGAAACUUCUAAAAUUAUAAUAAUGUCAGACAUGUGUGUUUCACUUUGUAUCUAUUUUUACACACAUGUUUCACUUUGUAUCUAUUUUUACACAAAUGUAAAAAUAUAAAAAUGUAUUUAUUCAAUACACAUAUUGGAUAAUAAUAAUUUUGUAUGCAAAACGACUCAUUGAAUGAUUUUUAUCUAGACUUCUUGAAUUUUAACUAUUUGCUCGACAUAUAGCAUAAGAUAUAAAAAGUAACAACGUAAUAUAUUGUGGACAAUAACGUACAUAGGAAUCGGGCCAAGAAUAAUUGCAUCGGAUUUGAAUGUAAAAA